GUAAAAAGACUACGAGUAUAUGCAUGAAUUGAGGUGGUGUCUCCUGCUAACAUCUAAAGCAUUUUCCACUGCUGGCGCCUGGAUAACUUCGAUCGACCCGUGAUAGAAGUACGAGUCUGGCCUAUUCGUGCCACGCCAUCGAUCUGUGCCUGAAUUUACAUCUACGCUUGAUCGCACUUGCCACUGUUUUCCUCUUCUCUUGGUUCCCUCUACAAUUUCUUGAUAGGUCGCAAAACCCGUGCGUGCACUUGGACCGGUGUCUCCCAAAGCACAAAUAUCACAACACAAUGGCGAGCUACGAAACUGAACAUGCAACGGACUCCCCCAGUCAAGAACAAACCCAGCCUCGAAGACCAGACAUGUCCUCAUUCCUAAGCCAUCUCUCUGAAGUGAGCCCGUCGGAUGACCGCCAUAGGCCUGAUGCGGUUCCGGUACCAGCAGACGUUUCGGCCCUUUUUCGCUCUCUCGCAGAAGCCUUCCAAACAAUGCAAAGAGAUAAUGACAAUGCCGAUUCAGACCUUCUCGGCAACCUCAUUGACACAUUGAUGGAGUCAGCGGAACAUCCUCCUCGAGAAGUGAAAGGUGUGGAUGAAGAGUACAUUGCAGCAUUGGAACGUGUCAAUAUCAAGAAAGUCAAGAAGGAUGCAGACUGUCCCAUCUGUGGAAAUCCCUUCAUUGAAGAUCCACAUCCGCUUCUAGUCAGGCUGCCGUGCCAUCCCACUCAUAUCUUUGACCUUGAAUGUGUCAGGCCUUGGCUGUUGCUGAACGGGACUUGUCCAAUGGAUAGAGUCGACCUAGCACAUCGGGAAAGGGAUCGAAAACAGAAACUACUGGAUGAUAUCAAGAAAAAUGCCGCCCCCGAGGAUGAAGAGGAGGAAUGGGAUGGACUGUAUGGCUGAUGAAGAGAUCACAGGCGAUUUGGAAUCUGUCUGUGAAUGAAUAUUGAUCGGUGGAGACGUCCGACACGUCUACGAACCAAGCAACGCAUUUGGCGAGCAUCAGGUGAUGGUGUGACGGGAAACUCUUCCCAAAGGUCCCUCGUACGAUGCUGGCGUACUCGUCUCCCGUCGCUCAAUCGAACAAAAUGAUGUGUCGGGUUGGUUUCUUACCAGAUUCGUCGUCUUCCGCUGGAAAUGCGGCACAGCCGGAUCAGGGUUGAGACACCUUUACAUCGCUGUUAAGGACUCGGCUUGCGCUCACAUACCUUGCAUUCUCCUCCCACACUUCGGAAAGAUCAAUGGUGGCCAAUGAGGGAAAAGAAAGCGGCAAGAAUUAGACGCUAUAGGUUGUCAUCCAAAUCAUACCUAUUCCCUUAAGGAUUGUUUACCAUGCUUGUCAUCAUCAAAGCUAUUCUUCACCAUGACUUGACUCCAUUGUCGUCUUGGCCAAAAGCUCCCCAUGAGAUGGUUGAAAAUAGCAAUUGCUUCCUCUUUCGCGACUGGGAAGUGAUGCAAGCCAGAAGGGUCUAUGUUCCCACCACUACGAAAGUUUGAUGGUCGAUGGGAGUGAGGUUUCCGUCCAAAUGAAAACUCGAUGUCAAAGCCAAUGAUCUACGGGAAUGCGGCACAGAGCCGUGUUCUGACCUCGAAUGUUCCGUGCCCUUUUGGGCAUCUUUCGAUCUUUGUGUUGGAGAUGUGAGACAGGCAUCAAGUGUAUGAGGAGCGACAUCCCCCCACCGAGAUAUAGCGGACAAAUUAAC